AUUGAAUGCUGGCGGUGCUUAUAUCAACUCACCAAAAUGAGAGCUUCAGAUGAGCUAGGAAUCACGUUGAGGACUUGAACAUGCAGACAUUCGGAAAACUUGUAUCUUUAUGAAAACACCGUUGUGGUGUUUGUUUUACAUUUCUGCUGGCGUCGUUUUAAUCCGGAGCAGUGAUGAGUGGAUACAGUACAGGGCUACAGACAGAGAUGAUUGGACUGCUGCACACAUUUAGCUUUACUAGCUAGAAGCCUUUACACACAGACACACAGCAUUUACUGCAGCUCGCAUUCAGUUAAUUCUUACCGAGACCUUUUAUUCGGGUUAAAUGUUCUUGUAGGUGUUUAGACUCAUUUCUCUUAAUCGACGCUGUCGGGUUUGAGUGUACGGGGUGGUAACGGUAAUCUCCGUGUUGCCACGGCAUCAGCGGCGCGCGGGCCUGCCCCCCCCUCCCCCACGAAUACUAUAUGUAUGUAUGUAUAUAUACACAUACACUAUACACGUAUGUACUCUUAUUCCAGUGUACAGUAACGUGGCUGAGGCUUUAAUAACGCUGACUGUUUUAACACACGCUGUGUGUAAACGGUGUGAAGGUUAGCCCCGACCGACCGUGCAGUUUCAGUGUCACGAAAUGAUAUUUAGGCGCAACGUAUUUGCGUUAAUGUAGAAAAUGAAAGAAAAUAAAACGUCCCUAGGUGUAAUAGUACUUUGAAUGAAAUACGGCGAGGCAGGUAAGGGAGCACGCGCACGCACACGCACGCGCCUGCUGUUUAGCGCUACACGCUAAUAUUGAGAAGCUAGCCUUGCUAGCUAAUGCCUGCUUAUCUUGGUGGGGGGAAAAAAAUCAUCUCGCAGUCAGGAAACGCUUUUGGAUGUCUGGUGGGAACGAGGAUCCUCACGAAUAAAAAUGAGGCUGUAAAGGACGCCGUGUUCUUCAUGACCUGGAUGUACAUCAGGCAUUGGCAGCAGGACGCGUGUCUGCUGCGAUGAGAUGAUCGAAGUGGAUGAGAUUAUAGAAGUGGUCUACACAUGAGAGAACUGGUGACGUUUGUUCCUCUGUAUUUCCUGUUUGAUAUCUGAACGUCAGAAUAUGACCACGCAGGCUCUUUUGCCACUGUCGGGGCGCAGGAUACCCACGCUGUCUCCAGGUGCGUCUUCGUUUCCGCACCACAGAGCGACCUUGCGGCUCUCGGAGAAGUUCAUCCUCCUUCUCAUCCUCAGUGCCUUUAUCACCCUUUGCUUUGGGGCGUUCUUCUUCCUUCCGGACAGUUCUAAGCACAAGCGCUUUGACUUGGGUUUAGAGGAUGUUUUGAUACCGCACAUUGAGCCUGGGAAGGAAGGACGACAUAGCAGCGGGCAGGUCAUACACGGGCAAGGAGUGCAUGAUGAGCAUCGACACAGGGAAGAGGAGGAGAGCCUCCGCAGUAAAAUCCGGGCAGAUCACGAACGCGCGCUGCAGGAGGCCAAGGAGAAACUUCGCAAGUCCAAAGAUGAGCUGAGGGCGGAGAUCCAGACGGAAAAGACUAAGGUGGUAAAGGACCUGAAAAAGAAGGACGGGCCAAAGCCACUGCCCCCAGUGCCCAUGCCCAAACUGGUGGGCAUCAACGAUGGAGACCCCGGAGACCCUGAUGUGAAAGAGAAACGGAACAAGAUCAGAGAGAUGAUGAAGCACGCGUGGGACAGCUACAGGCAGUACGGCUGGGGACACAACGAGCUCAAACCCAUUGCCAAGAAAGGACAUUCCACGAAUAUAUUUGGUAAUUCCCAGCUGGGGGCCUCGAUAGUAGACGCCCUGGACACACUCUACAUAAUGGGCCUCCACGAUGAGUUUAAAGAUGGUCAGGAGUGGAUCGAAAAGAACCUGGACUUCAGUGUGAAUGUAGAAGUGUCUGUCUUUGAGGUCAAUAUCCGUUUCAUCGGGGGACUGCUUGCUGCAUACUACCUCUCCGGACAAGAAGUUUUUAAAGUGAAGGCUGUUCAGCUGGCUGAGAAGCUGCUUCCUGCCUUCAACACCCCCACAGGCAUCCCCUGGGCCAUGGUCAACCUCAAGAGCGGCGUGGGCCGAAACUGGGGCUGGGCCUCGGCUGGUAGUAGCAUCUUGGCUGAGUUUGGGACACUGCACAUGGAGUUUGUGCACCUUACGUAUCUGACCGGGAACCCUGUCUAUUAUCAAAAGGUGAUGCAUAUCCGGAAGCUGCUGGCUAAAAUGGACAGACCUAAUGGCCUCUACCCAAACUACCUGAACCCCCGUACGGGCCGCUGGGGCCAGCAUCACACCUCAGUGGGAGGUCUCGGAGACAGUUUCUACGAGUAUCUCUUGAAGGCCUGGCUCAUGUCCGAUAAAACCGACGCAGAGGCUCGAAAAACCUACGACGAUGCUAUCGAGGCUAUCGAGCGUCACCUCGUCCGGAAGUCCAACAGCGGCCUGACCUUCAUCGGCGAGUGGAAGAACGGCCACCUUGAGCGCAAGAUGGGUCACCUGACCUGCUUUGCUGGGGGAAUGUUCGCCCUAGGGGCUGAUGGGUCAUCCGGAGACAAGGCUGGCCACUACCUGCAGCUGGGAGCUGAGAUCGCACAUACUUGCCACGAGAGCUACGAUCGCACAGUUCUGAAGCUUGGUCCGGAGGCCUUCAAGUUUGACAGCGGGUUGGAGGCGGUGGCCGUGAGGCAGAACGAGAAGUAUUACAUCCUGAGGCCGGAGGUGAUUGAGACUUACUGGUACAUGUGGAGAUUCACGCACGACCCCAAAUACAGGCAGUGGGGCUGGGAGGCAGCUCAGGCCAUAGAUAAAUAUUGCAGAGUCAGCGGGGGUUUCUCUGGGGUUAAAGACGUCUACUCCUCCAACCCCACCUACGAUGACGUCCAGCAGAGCUUCUUCUUGGCAGAGACUCUGAAGUAUCUGUAUCUGCUGUUCUCCAGUGACGAUCUGCUGCCUUUGGAGAACUGGGUCUUCAACACGGAAGCUCAUCCACUACCGGUGCUGCAUCUGGGCAACAUCACCCUGCCUGGCAGCCAGGCAUAGCGAUAAGAGGAGCCUCAGCGGGUGUGGGCACUCGCCUCCUCUUUCUCUGAAAGACUUGCAGGUACAUGUGUUCGGGAGUUACUGCGUUGAGGGUCUCUUCCGCUCAACUGCUGUGCCACCUGGACUCUUGGGUUUUUACUGCCAAAGCAGAGGGGACCAGGACACACUCUCAGACUCUGUCUACUCAUCUAUAUGUCUCUUGUAUUUUAUUUUUUUUUUUCCCCCACUGUCUCCGAUAAGCUGCCAAUCAGGCACAGACGGCUUAUGUGACUCAUUCAUUGGCUGCAUGGCUCUGACAUUAGUGGAAUCUGUUCGAACUCCACAGCUCAGCAAACAAAUCAGCAGCAGUCAUGUGUUGCGGUAAACGAACAAACACAGGAAAUGCAUAUUUUCCCUGUGAAGAAAGAAGAGGAUUUCACGUGGCUUAUUGGUUUUUUUUGUUGUUUUGUUUUUUUGGGUUUUUUUUUUUUUUUAUUGCUUUCAUUGCUUAAUCACUACAGCAGGACAGACGGCUCUCCGGCCAAAACACCCUCCCCCCAUCCCUAUCUCCCUCCCACCGAGCUCUGACCCAGACCUGGGGCAGUGGGAGGCAGCAGCUGGAUGAUGUGACCUCUGAAAUCUCUCCCGCUCUUCCUCUUAGAGAGAACACAGUCCAGAGGCACCCUGGGAUCUCUGUGGCUUCUCUUGUACUGAUACAGUAUGCGCGUGAGAGUGUGCACCUUCUUGUGUUAGUCUGCUAUCAGCCUCCUGCACACUUCGGUCAAAUUCUGGUCCAGAUUUUAAGUCGAGCAUGUUCUUUGUUUGCCAUGGUUAGUGGGUGAUACGGCUGAAGUUUUGCGUUCGUUUACGGCUCUAAUAGAAUAGAUGUUGCUUCCAGGACCAUCGUCGCACACGGCACAUACGUUUAUUCUAAACAUUUUCCACAAGAAAAAAAAAGAAUGCAAAACCAUUCAUUCAGUUUCUAUCUCAGCGGGCAUGUGAGUAAACCCUCUUUCCUUUCAACCACUCAGUCAGUUUGUGUUCUGGCUCUCAUCCGCACUGCUCUGUACUCAACUCGACUGGAUUAGUAUUGGGUUUAUGACCUCACAUAUUCAUAUUCAAGUGUUCAUAAAGUUCUGCUGCACAGGAGAAAGAAAGCCCACAUUUCUUUCCCUGAUUACGGUUCUCGUUUUGUUUUUGUUGAUGAAUUUCACCAUUAAACAUCGCAAACACGUCAGUCAAGGUAGAGAGGAGGAUUCAUUUUUAAUAUCCAGCAACAAAUAACUUUUGAUAAGUCCAGCCAUGUUUUCUAUGAAUGCACACAGAGAUUAUGCGAACAUGUCCAUGAUGAAGCCACUUUUUUUGUACUGGAUUUGCACCAUUGUCGGACUAAAGCGCAGGAGAUUUAUGGGCUUUUAAUUAAUUUAUUUUCAUCCCAGUCAGCAGAUCAUAACACUCUCUUAACGUUUGGAUUUGCUCUUUUUUUUUUUUUUUUUUUUUUUGUUUCUUUUUUGCGUUUCUACCUGCCAUUGAACUGAUGAGAGGCUGACGUUUUUAGAGAGUAAGGGGUUUUAUUCUGAAGGCAGGAGGAGGUCCACCACUGCUGUACUUUACAUUAGUCCAACAUGGUUCCAACUUUACAUUCUUCAGGAUAACUUUUUCUUUCUUUUUUUUUUUUUCUUCUUUACAAGGUAGUUCCUCGCAAAUGUGACCACUGGAAAACAAUAUGCAGUGUUUAUAAUGCACAUCACAAGUGAUACUGACUGGUAGGAACUAUUUCGAUCUCAUCUGCAAAAAUAGAUGUCCCCCUGUACUCCAUCUUUAACCGGUACAGUCGUCAUUGCUUUACCGCUCCUUGAGGUGGCAGAAGCGACAGUGUGCUAACGCUCCGUGUGCUUUUCCCAUUUGCCUAAAGUCUCUUCUUCCUUCCUUAUAAUCACAAUACUGUCAGCUGUUUCUGUUGUGGGAGACGCCCAGGCCAACUUGCCACUAGGGGGAUUUUGAGAGCUGUAUUCUGUAUUUUUACUGACCUGAAAGUACUGUAAAUAUCUUUCAAAUGUGACCGAAUUCAAUAAAGAUGUUACAUAAAUCGAA